GAGUACUCCAGCCGAGCCGAGAAAUCCGUUACCAGGCUGCUGUGUCCCCAAGGGCCAUUCCAGGGCGGAAGAGGACGGGGAAAACCGCUGUGUCGAUUCCUCGGCCCUGUGGGCCGGGCGCGCAGCGGGUCGGGUUACAGACAGGUGAGUCUGGCGGAUGGGCGAGCUGCGGGCGCCAGGGAGCUCCUGGCGAGACGCGCCCCGGCAGCCCCCGAGCCCGCAGGAGUCUGCUCACCCACAGGAGGGGUGCGCCCACCGCAGCGGUGGAGGCAGUGCUGCGCGUCCCCGGGCGCACCCGAGCAGGGGCCGUGAGAGGGACAGCGCGCGCCCGAAACGCCGGCACUGCUGGUCUCAGAAACUUGGCAUCUUUCUCUUACCAACUCCUCUUCCUUCUCUCCCAACUCCCCCUCCGCGAAUAAAGCCCGAGAGGAAAAACCAAAACCAAAAAUAAAUAGAAAGCUCUCCAGCCACCUCCCCAGUAGCAGCCCGUCUUCAUUUACUGGGAAAGGUAUUUCCCAGCCUCUGAUUUCGGGGAGCGGGCAGUUAGGCGAAGACUGUAAUGGGAGUGGGCACGGAUAAGAGAUUUGUUUCGGAGCUGCGUUUGCAUAACAGGCGCUCGGCUUUUGUUUCCAUUGUGUGUUUAUUUGGGUUGAUGAGGCUCUUGGGGUGGUAGGUCUUGGGAUGGAAGCUGCUUUAGCAGAGCAAGCCGACUUGUUUUCCCCAGAUUGUGUGGCACAGAUCAGUAAUAACGACGUGUUCUAAAGCUGCCGAGCUUUAAGUCAUAUUAUUACUGUGCUUAUUUGGGGGGGGCUGUUGUAAAUGAUGGGGAUCUUGAGUCCCCAAGUCGCCCUCUUUACCAGAACAGAGCCCUGGGUAAUCUCCCUGCCGCCUCCCCCUUCCGCCCGCCGGGAUUUCAACUAGCCGCGGAAACCAUCCACAAAGUCCGGAGGAACUGAGCCAUUUUCUUGCUUGCUUGUCGGAGACAAAUCCACCCGGGGGCGGGGGAUGGUGGUGGUGUGUGCAACUCGCAGGAAGCUCCAGCUCUUAGGAUGGACGCCCCGGGAAGCGGACCUGGGGGUUAACCUCUAAGAGUUUGCCCUGAGGUGCUCAUGAUGGGGAAUGGGGCGAGAGGCUGAUCAAAAAACGUUCUUCCCUUUUUAAAAAGGGGAGGGGGGGAAGAAUCAGACGUUAAAUUCUUUUGCAAACAUUCAUGCCUAAGGAAGGGCUGGAACAGGCAGCCCCGGCCGCCGGAACCGGUCGGACAGGUAGCGAGCUUGUUGACACCGUUAUGUUGCAGGGCGCAUGCUCACUCCCAAGUUUCCUGGUGUCUCUUCUAUUCCACCUUAUGAAACUUUUUCCCCGGCGUGGUCUCACCCGCGAUUUAAGGCAUAGGUGUCGCCGAGCCCGGAGGCUGGGAGUCGCCGGGCGUGCGGGGGAGAGGCCUGGGCCGCGGCGCGGCGGGGGGCGGAGGGAGAGGGCAGGCUAGGCGGGAAGGUGGGCUCUGGCCGCCGGGAGCCGGGGACCGAGUCACUGCCGCAGCCCCUAUCGGGGAGCAGCCGGCAGGAAGGGGGCCGCCGGCCGGGGAGGGGGCCACACCAUGCCCAAAGUCUUCCUGGUGAAGAGGAGGAGCCCGGGGGUCUCUGUCCGCAGCUGGGAUGAGCUCCCGGAUGAGGAAAGGGCAGACACCUACAUCCCAGUGGGCCUGGGCCGUCUGCUCCACGACCCCCCCGAGGACUGCCGCAGCGACGGCGGCAGUAGCAGCAGCAGCGGCGGCAGCAGCAGCGCGGGGGAGCCUGGAGGCGCCGAGAGCAGCUCGUCCCCGCGCGCCCCCGAGCGCGAAAUCCCCGAGCCUGGCGACGCAGAGGGCCCGGGUGGACACCUGGCGGCGAUGCAGCGCCCAGUCGCUAGGUCGAAAAUCAAGUUCACCACAGGCACAUGCAGCGACCCGGCGGUUCACAGCUGUGAGCUGUGUGGCAAGGGCUUCCGCCUGCAGCGCAUGCUCAACCGCCACCUCAAGUGCCACAACCAGGUGAAGAGACACCUGUGCACCUUCUGUGGCAAGGGCUUCAACGACACCUUUGACCUGAAGAGGCACGUCCGCACGCAUACAGGCAUUCGCCCCUACAAAUGUGACAUCUGCAACAAAGCCUUCACCCAGCGCUGCUCCUUGGAGUCCCACCUGAAGAAAAUCCAUGGGGUGCAGCAACAGUACGCCUACAAGCAACGCCGGGACAAGCUCUACGUCUGUGAGGAUUGUGGCUACACGGGCCCCACCCAGGAGGACCUGUACCUGCACGUGAACAGUGCCCACCCGGGCAGCGCCUUUCUCAAAAAGACAUCCAAAAAACUAGCGGCUCUUUUGCAAGCCAAGCUGACAUCCACACUCCAGGGGAAUGUCACCCUGAGCGAGGAAGAGGAGAAGUGAGGAGGUGCAGGAGGAGGAGCAGGGAGAGAUGCUCGAGCUGCCACGCUUACGGGGAUUUUUGGUUUUGGAGGGGUCCCCCGCCCCACUGGGCUCAGUUCAUCCCUCUGCCCUCCCAGGGCCACGGCAGGGGAUCUGUUCCAAGGUUGUCAAUGAUGAUAGUGGUGUCCAGCCCCCUGUAACCCACGUCCUGUUGAACAGUCACAUUAACAAAAGUUCGUGGAUGGCCACGAUCGCCGUGCGGUAUUUUUCUUUUUUCCUGUUUUUUUUUUUUUUUUUAACGAUUUUCAUAUGUGGAGGCAGAGGUGUUCUUAGACUAUCAUUUUAUGGUGCCUUGAAAUAAAAGUCCUUCCACCUGAAAUGCUA